AACCGCGUUGAUUAUUUUUCAGAGUUCUAUAAAAUUUUUAGUUUUGAUUUCUUGAUGAUUCUUCGUCGUUUUUAUGAUUGAAUAAAAUGACUCACAAGUUAAAUUUCGUUUCCUGUGUUGCCUGGAUCCGGCAAGGUGUGGCCAAAGAAUUACCUAAUCGAUGUCAACUAACACAAGAAGAAAUUCGAAGCAAAAUCGAAAGCGAUCGACAGAAAUUUAAAGAAUUAAAAAGAUCCGAUCCGAAUAAUCGUAUGGAGACAGAUGAUCAAAAUGAUGACGAUCAACAAAUAAUUGAUCGCUAUAAUUUAGACGAUUAUGAUGAUGAUGGCGAUGAUGAUGAUUUUCUCAUACCAGAUGAUACAGCUUCUGAUCCAUAUCUGAAUCGUGAUCAAAAUUAUUCGGAUGACGAAGAAGAGAAAGACGAUUUCCGUAUCAAGCCUACGGAUAAUCUUUUAUUAGCUGGCCAUGUUGAAGAGGAUAGUGUUUCACUUGAAAUUAAAGUUUAUAACAAAGAAGAUGGUGUUUAUGUGCAUCACGAAAUUUAUCUUGCCGCUUAUCCAUUGUGUUUUCAAUGGUUGAAUUUCAAAAAUGAAAAUGAAAAAGGAAAUUUUGUUGCCAUUGGUGAUAUGAACAAUGAUAUUAAUAUCUGGGAUCUUGAUAUUGUUGAUAUUCUUGAUCCGUUUGCCGUAUUAAGUGGCCAUAAAAAAUCUGUACUCGAUAUAUCUUGGUCAGAAAAGAUUCCCAAUAUGUUGGCAUCUGGUUCGGCCGAUAAAAAAUGUUUACUUUGGGAUUUACAACAACAAACCGUUAUUCAAACAUUUGAUCAAUUUAAAUCAUCGGUUCAAUCUUUAUCGUUUCAUCCGAUUGAGACAAACAUUCUAUUAACUGGCGAUGCUAAAGGCCAUGCAAAACUUUUAAACUGUCAAUCUCUAUCGAUAAAAGAUUGGAAUGUUUGCCAAGAUGAAAUAGAAAAAGUUAUCUGGAAUCCACAGCAACCGUACAUGUUUUUAUGUGCGACAUCCGAUGGUUGGCUAUAUGGACUUGAUUCUCGAAAUGAUAAUAGUCAUGUUUUUCGUAUCAAAGCUCACGAUGAAAUGAUUUCAGGCAUGGAAUUUAGUUCGGCAAACAAUGGCUGUUUGAUGACCACAUCAGCCGAUCAAAACGUUAAAAUAUGGUCUGUAUCGACGAACGAGAUGAAAUUGAUUCAAACAAUUCAACCGAAUAUCGGAAUCAUUCUAUCAAUGUCGGCCAAUCCUGAUCAUUCAAAUAUAUUUGUCAUAUCUGGAAAUAAUGUUGGUGAAAAUUUCAAAAUUCUUGACCUUGACACCUAUCCUGGUGUUAAACGACAUUUCAAUCUCAACUAAUUGGUUUAAUACAUACAACAGUCAACGAUGUCUCUCU